AUGCCGGGUUACGCCAACGCACUGGCCAGGUACUUCAGCAGUCUCUUCGGCGGAGGGGGGCAGAAUGGGGGGCAGAAGCUGCAGAAGAACGGGGAGACGAACGGGUCAAAUAUCAGUGUCCGCAAACGGUCAGGCGCAAACAGGUCUGGAAGCAGUUUCGCCACAGCCAGUCAGGGUGACGCCGCUUAUUACGGAGACGGGGGUUCAUCUCCUACUGGGGGUAACGGAAGCAGUGGUGGUCAGGGUGGGGGCAAGUCGCAAAAGAAGAAGCAGCUUCUCUCCUCGGCCAAUCGCAGUCACUCACAGAAUGAUAGGACAGUUACAGGGACGGGGGCGGGCACAACUCCAGUAAACAAAGCACAGCAGCCGCAUCUACCUCAAGUCCCAUUCCAGGGGGAUUUGGAUGCUAACUUGAACAGAACCGAGCUUCGAAUCGACGAUAGAAGAGUGUACCUCAAGUCACCAUCCGAGAACAGGACGUUCGUGGAUCUCGGCAUCUUCCUGGACUUCGAUCUUCGCUAUGUCAAGUUCCUCGGGUCUGGAGGUCAAGGCGAAGUUCAUCAGGUUGCUGAUGGAAAUACAAGGUCACAGUAUGCGCUGAAGAUCAUCAAGCAAAACUCAGCUGCGAAGAAAUAUGAAAAAGAGGCUUUAGAAGUUAUAAAGCAACACAGUCACUCUGGAAUUAUUCAUCUAGAAUGCGCACUUGAAGAUGAAGAUUUUCUCUAUCUAUUGACACAGUUUGUUGAAGGCCUUACAGUGCGUGAUAUUAUUCCAUAUAUGGAACAGUUUUCAUGGGACCGGAAACGGGAGUUUGUCAUUCCACUUUUGGCUGAAUUAUGCUUAGCAAUUGACUAUUUGCAUCAAUUAGGCUAUGUUCACAGAGACAUAAAAGCUAGUAACUGUUUUCUUGACAUGUGUGGUCACGUGACAAUUGGUGAUUUUGGAUCUUGUAUACAGAAAAGUUUGAUCAAAGCCAGGGUUAUUUUCGGAACUGUGCCUUAUACAAUUUCGCCCGAGAUGUUUUGCAAAGUGCCUUACGGAACUGAAGCGGACUAUUGGGGUAUUGGGGUUCUGGCGUGCGAACUCUUGCUUGGGUUUUUCCCGUUUGACUGGUUCACGAGAGAUGAAAUCAAGUCACGUGAGACCGUAAAUGACGUCAUUCAGACCAUCCGGUCUCCUCAAAUCCCUGCGGACGUUCCAGAAGAUGUGCAACAGGUACUUUAUGCGUUCCUCGCCGCGGAUCCGAAACGCCGUCUCGGAAGUCCGACAAUAGGUGGAAUCGAAAGCAUCGAGCGACAUCCGUUUUUCAACGGGAUCCACUGGAACAGAUUCCGGGAUCCUACUUAUAGGAAACAUUCGCUUCCUGUUCUAAAACUCAUGAAAGCAAUUCAGAGAAAGAAAGCAGCCAAAGCUGCCCAAGCUGCUCAGCAAGCUGCCAAUUCGACCCAAAACGAGAACCCACCAAAUAUUCCGAAUAUACCCAGUCAGCAUCCAGUGUAUGAUCGGGCGCUGGCUAAUCACAACUUGGUUAAAAACGAAAACCCGAAUCACAAUUUCCGACCUGUUAAUCACCAAUCAGGCGGAGACAUCGGGUAG